UUUCCGCCUUUCCGGUUUCCUCCCACCCACCUCACCGUACCCAAAUUUCCUCGCCAAUCUGAGGGAAAAAAUGGUGCCUCGCCGCGCCGAGAUCUGAGGCCGCGCGCCCCCCGCAUCGCAUCGCCCUCCGCAUCCACCUCCACCGCGCGAUGGCGUCCUCCGCCUCCGCGGCUUCGCGAUCGCACGGGAGCACCACCGCGAUGAUGCUCCCGGGGCCGCCCGGCCGCGGCAACGGCGGGUGCAUCGACCUCAGCCCCGCGGGGCUCCUCGCGCACGGGGCCGGGAGCAGCGUCGUCGUCUCCGACCCGCGCUCCAUGCAGCUCCUCUGCGUCCUCCCCAUGCCUUCCUCCUCCCUCGCCUCAUUCGUCACCGCCGUCCGCUGGGCGCCCCCCGGCGCGCCGUCCCUCGCCGCGGGGCACGAAGGCGAUGAUGACGACGACCACCGCCCGCUCCGCCUCGCCGCGGGCGACCGCCACGGACGCAUCGCCGUCUGGGACGCCCGCGCGCGGCUCGUCCUCCACUGGCUCAAUCUCGACGAGACCCGCGGGGUCGCGCCCGGCACCGGCGGCGGCGUCCAGGACCUCUGCUGGGUCCACCACGCCUCCGGUUGGCUCCUCGCCUCCAUCCAUGGGCCCUCGCUGCUCUGCAUCUGGGAGACAUCCAACAACCCGCGUGUCCUCUGGAUGUUCGACGCCUCGCCGGAGUACCUCUCCUGCCUCCGCCGUGACCCCUUUGACGCGAGACAUCUCUGCGCGCUCGGCCUCCGCGGCUUCUUUCUCUCCGCAAUCCCGCGGCCGGACUCCGACAUCUCGCUCCAGGAGCACCGGGUGACCUGCGGCGCCAGUGACAUUGCAGAGCUGCAGAGGCUAGAGAAGGAGAUAGCGGCGCCCCCGCCCUCCCCGGCGCUUGCAGCUUUCCCAGCCUUCGCGGCGAAGUUUUGCUUCUCCCCGCUUUGGAGAAACAUCAUAUAUGUCACGUUCCCCAGGGAGCUCAUUGUCUUCGACCUCAAUUACAGUACGGCACUCUCUGUCACUCCAUUACCCAGGGGAUUUGGCAAAUUCUCGGAUGUUAUGGCUGAUCCUGAUCUCGACCUGCUCUACUGCACACACAUUGAUGGCAAGCUGAGUAUCUGGAAGCGCAAGGAGGGUGAGCAAGUGCAUUUGUUGUGUGCAGUGGAAGAGCUCAUGCCUUCAAUUGGUACAAUUGUUCCACCUCCAGCUGUUCUUGCUACUACAAUCUGGCAGUCAGAGUCUAUUUUCCGCAACAUCGACAAGCAAUCACAGGAUUUGGGACAAAUACAGUCUACAAGUUCUGUCAUCUCUGAUACAAAUACAAACCAAAAUAUGUAUCAAGGGACCAUGGCAUAUCUUACCUCUAUCUCUGAAGAUGGCAAGAUCUGGUCAUGGCAUUUAACUUUUGGCAAGUCUGCAUGUGCUAGCAAAGUUAAACUAGGUACAUCGAAUCAUACUGAUGCUGGAAUUUCCAAUCCACGCUCCAAUGGACUUGAUUUUACCGUAAAGAUUAAUUUGAUGGGCCAGCUUCAUCUUUUGUCCUCUACUGUGACUACACUAGCUGUGCCAUCCCCUUCUUUACUUGCCACAGUAGCCCGUGGUGGAAACAAUCCUGCACCAGCAGUACCACUAGUUGCUCUAGGAACUCAGAAUGGGACUAUUGAAGUUGUUGAUGUUUUAGCCAAUGCAGUAUCAGUUAGCUUUGCUGUCCAUAGCAGCACUGUCAGAGGGUUAAGAUGGCUUGGAAAUUCACGACUUGUUUCAUUCUCAUAUAGUCAGGCCAAUGAUAAAAGUGGAGGAUACAAUAAUAAGCUUGUUAUUACAUGCCUUAGGAGUGGACUAAAUCGAUCAUUCCGUGUACUUCAAAAGCCUGAACGUGCACCAAUAAGGGCAUUGAGGGCUUCCUCAUCUGGAAGGUACCUCUUGAUACUGUUCCGUGAUGCUCCUGUUGAAGUAUGGGCUAUGACAAAGAACCCCUUGAUGCUUAGGUCCUUGGCCCUUCCUUUUACGGUGUUAGAAUGGACUUUGCCUUCUGCUCCCCGACCAAGUCAAAAUGCUGCAUCUAAGCAAUCAUCAACAUCCAAGGAGCGGUCAGCAGAGGCUACUGGUGCAGAAAGUACUGAUGAAACAUCUGAAAGUUUUGCUUUUGCACUAGUCAAUGGUGCUCUUGGGGUGUUUGAAGUACAUGGACGCCGAAUACGAGAUUUCAGGCCAAAAUGGCCCUCAUCAUCAUUCGCGUCUGCAGAUGGCUUGGUUACUGCUAUGGCUUAUCGCCUUCCCCAUGUUGUGAUGGGUGAUAGAUCAGGCAAUAUUAGAUGGUGGGAUGUUACAACAGGCCUUUCUUCUUCUUUUAGCACUCACAGGGAAGGCAUCAGGAGAAUUAAAUUUUCUCCUGUUGUUCCUGGUGAUCGAAGUAGAGGGCGCAUUGCUGUGCUAUUCUAUGAUAAUACGUUCUCAAUAUUUGACCUGGAUAGUGCAGAUCCCUUGGCAAAUGCCCUUCUUCAGCCACAAUCUCCUGGUACCCUUGUCUUGGAGCUUGAUUGGUUAUCAACCCGAACAAAGAAGGAUGAACCACUUGUAUUAUGCAUCGCUGGAGCUGAUAGUAGCUUCCGGCUGAUUGAGGUUAACAUGGAUGCUAAGGCCAGUUCUACUCUGAGGCCAGUGACUACAAGAGAGAAGUUUAGGCCAAUGCCAUUGUGUCUUCCAAUACUAUUUCCAACAGCACAUGCUUUGGCUUUGAGGAUGAUCCUGCAGCUUGGUGUGAAGCCAUCCUGGUUUGAAUGCAAUGGCAACGAUAAAUUAGCUAGUAACAGCUUUAAGGCAACACCAACAGCUUUUGGAGAUCUUCGUAGUUACAUGAUUGAGACAACCCUGCCUCCUGUUGGUGAUUCUGUAGUGGCAGAAUUGCUGCUAAAAGUGUUGGAACCUUACAGAAAGGAGGGGUGCAUUCUUGAAGAUGGAAGAGCCAAAUUAUAUUCGGCUAUAGUCAAUAAGGGAACAUGUGCAAGGUUUGCAUUUGCUGCUGCGGUUUUUGGUGAUUUCCAAGAAGCACUUUUCUGGCUUCAGCUGCCUCAAGCUCUUCGUCAUUACCUGGAUAAAUCAACUGAGAAGGGCUCAGAAUCAAGUGUGCAUCCUAAUUCUGAGCCAGCCUCCACAUUGAAUAGGGCAUCAUCUUCAACAGAGAGAUCUGUACGUGGAAAUAUGGCAAAAGUCGCUGAGAAUUCUGGACAAUUAAGUGCAAUGGCAUUUAAGCAAGAGCAACUAUGGUUCAAUGCAAAUGAAAGAAUACCUUGGCAUGACAAGCUUGAUGGUGAAGAGGCUUUGCAAAAGUGUGUCCAUGAGCUUGUCUCUCUUGGAAACUUGGAAGCUGCGGUGUCCUUGUUACUGUCAACACCUCCUGAAGGCUCAAAUUUUUACCCAAAUGCAUUAAGAGCAGUUGUAUUGUCAUCUGCAGUAUCGCGAUCUUUGCAUGAACUUGCAGUCAAGGUUGUCGCAGCCAAUAUGGUUAGAACAGACAAAUCACUGUCUGGCACACAUCUUCUCUGUGCCGUGGGGAGAUAUCAGGAAGCAUGUUCUCAGCUUCAAGAUGCCGGUUGCUGGGUUGAUGCUGCAACUUUGGCUGCAAGUCAUUUGCAUGGUUCUGAUUAUGCAAGGGUACUUCAGAGGUGGGCAGAUUAUAUUCUUCGCUGUGAACAUAAUAUGUGGAGAGCUCUGAUACUAUAUGUUGCUGCUGGAGCACUACCAGAGGCUUUAGAAACACUUCGUAAAAACCAGCGACCAGACACCGCGGCGAUGUUCUUGCUUGCUUGCCAUGAGAUCUAUUCCCAAAUCACCACAGAAUCAGAGCCUUCAGACGACACUUCGGUAUCGACAUCGGAGCAGAGCCGCAAGCUCCGGUUCCCUUCCAAGAAUGUGGAUGACGAGGACCUGGUGGCGGUCAGUGAGGUGUUCGGGCAGUACCAGCAGAAACUGAUUCAUGUUUGCAUGGAUGCUGAACCGAAUCUGGAUUGAGCCAUUUUGGCGCCAUGCCGUCAUACAUUGCAAAUUGCGAUAUGGGAGGUCCUCUCCUGGAUGGACAAUAUGCGAAGCGGAAAGAGACCUGCUGCCCCUUCUGAUCUACUCUUGUAGAUGUCAACAUCUAGGUCUGGCUUCUCCAUUUUUGUCUGGUGUGAAGCCUUUUUUUUUUUUCCUUCUACAGGAUGUAUGCUGCCUGUAUUUUUGUCUGGUGUGUAAGGUUUUCUACGGGAUGUAUGUUGGCCCUUGCAAGUUUCGAUCCUGGACAGAGCCGCGUUGCGCCGUAUGCUACCAAACCUGCCGAUGAUUAGCUUUGCUGAUGUGGCAUUUGUACGGAGGAUCUGGAAUACUUGAAAGGGAUAGGCAUUGCAGUGUUGUAUUUGUAGAUGAGGACUCUUGGCACUGGACAUUGUAUUUAUUUUUUUUGUAAGAAUAUAUAUUAUAUGUAUACUGUUUCAUAGUACUAUAUAAGUCACUCUGAGUUUGACUUAGACAAACAUCAUAACAUUUUAUUAAGUUUAUAAAAAA